CGACCUGAUUGACCAUGCUCAAACUGCUUACAUUAAUGGGCAUUCUAUCCUUGAUAACUUUCUUUGUGCCAACAAAAUUAUUCAUCACACCAGGAGGUCCUCUAGCUCUGGCCUUAUUUGUAAGCUUACUUCUCAAAAGCUUUUGAUCGGAUGAUCCCUGCUUAUCGUCUGAAAGUCCUGUCAUCGUGUGGCUUCCUCGAGAAAUAGGUCGGUUGGAUCCAUAAUGUCCUCUGUCCCUCUAAGGUGGCAGCUUGUGUUAAUGUUCAAUUGGGAGACUGGAUCUUCUGUCGUCGCGGCCUCAAGUAGGGUGACCCCAUUUCCCCCUUCCUUUUUAUACUUGCAGUUGAUCCACUAUGCCGCAUGCUCAGUAUGGCCUCCUCCAAAGGGGUCUUCGAGGGGCUUAGCAAUCUUUGGAUUCCUGGCGGCACCAAGAUUCUCCAGUAUGCUAAUGAUACUCUGAUCUUCACCCAGCCUAGCAAGGGAAACCUUGUCUCUUUGAAGCUUAUUUUGAAUUGUUUUGAACAGGUCUGGCUUAUCUAUAAAUUAUCAGAAGAGCUCUAUCUCCUUGAUUGGUUCUGGUUCCAUAGAUGAUUUCGCCUCCUGACUCAACUGCUCCACUUCUUCACUGCCUUUUAACUAUCUUGGGCUCCCUUUAGGAGGUUGCAGGCUCUCUAGAACAGACUGCAAUGCCCUCCUCUCAUGGGUUGAAUCCCAGCUUGCUACUUGGAAGUCUAAGCUUCUCUUCUUUGUAGGUAGACUCGCUCUGGUUAACUCUAUCCUCACCUCACUUUUCCUCUAUUUCAUGUCACUGUUUAGGCUAUCUCACUGGGUUGCCAAGAAGAUCGAUUCCUAUAGGAGAUCGUUUCUCUGGGCUAGAGAUUCCUCCUCGAAUGGGUUAUCUUGCAAAGUCAACUGGAGCACUAUUUGUCUGAAGGAGGAAGGUGGCCUUAGUGUAAAGGACAUCUACCAGUUCAACACGUCUCUCCUUGCCAAAUGGAGAUGGAGACUCCUUUCCAACGAUCAAGCUUUGUGGAAGAAACAGAUGUAAUGGGCUUACCACAAGAGGGUGAGGCUUAGCAACUCUUGGAAAACCCCUCAGAGAUGUUCCUCCUUACGGCGGGAUGUCAUUUAUAGUCCCUCUGCUUUUUGGAAUCGCACACAUUUUCAUUGCGGUAAUGGCCUUCGUACCCUUUUCUAGAAGGACAACUGGAUUGCGGAUGUCGCUCUCCAAUCUCUGUUCCCCGAUCUCUUCAUGCUUAGCAAGAAUAAGACCGGCACGGUGGCUAGCUACUUCAAGCAUAGAUCUCGCUCUUGGCAUCUGUCUACCGCAGAACUCUUCCACUCAGGUUCGUUCUCAAUUUGACCUCAUCACUCGUCUCUUAAGCUCUGUUUCUCUUACCAGCAUCGAGGAUUGUGUUAUUUGGAAAGCCUCCAGUGACAGUGAGUUCUCCACUGCCUCGUUCGAUCAAUUCCUCAACUCAUCUGGAAUAACAUGUAGGUUCGCCUCCACUUUGUGGAAUCUCUCCGUUCCUCCAAAAAUCCAUUGUUUUCUCUGGCUAUGUUGGAAGCACAAGCUGAACACUCGGGAUACUAUUGAUCAGAAGUUGGGUAAAUUCUUGAGAGGUUGUGCUAUUUGUGCCUUAGGCACUCUAUGCCCCCAGUCCACUUUCAGAUAUACCUGCUCGGAGUGGGCUCCGGCGAAGUUCCCAAAGUCUUCACUGUCAGUAAGUCUGAUGCUCUUCUCAGCGGUUUCUUGGAAAUGCUGGAGGGAGAGAAACGCGAGGCUCUUUCUCAACAAGGCCUCCUCGGUGCAGACCGUUGCUUGGGACGCCUUAUCCCUCUUCAAAGAUUGGUCGAUCUUCUGUAACUCCUGCCAAUUGAAAUCAUCGACGUGUUCUAGUCUAAGAUCAAGCGAGCCCAUUCCUCCUGCUCUCCAGGAGAGUAUUCACCGCCCUUUUCCUUCCACCCUCCUCAGCGUCAGGCUAACUGAUGAUGCCAGCUUCUUCGUCUUUCUCUGUGAAAUGAGACAGUAUGGGCAAUAGGGUUGUAUGUCUGCUCUGUUAUGUUAUUUCUGAACUCUGUUUUCUGAAAUCUGCUCUUGGUUUUAUGAAGUCUAAAGUCUGAAGUCUGUAGUCUAAUUACUGUCUCUGUGCGGUAGAGUGAUCACUCUCCUCAACUCUGUCUUUGUUUCGUUGUCUAAUGGGGUCUCUGCUAUUCCGUCCUUCACCUGAAGACUGUUGGGGACUGCUAGGCUAGUCAGCCAGACCACCGCGAACUGACGAAUGGCUGAUUGGUUUUGCUCAGGCCUAUCUAUUAAAUCUGUUCAUUGUCUGUUUCUGUAUUCGUUGCUGGACUCUGAACAGGUCUGUUCAGACCAGCGAUGAAAACCUGGGGCCUGAUCUUAUCUUCCACCUGUGACUUUCAACUUUGUACAUACUCACAGUUGCUAGUAAAAGCUGGGCGGCUCUUGCCUCCCAUUUUUAGCAUCAAAAAAAAAAA